AUGGAUAAGCUAUUAUCAUCUCUAAUUAACCUUCGCGUAAAUGAAAAGUUAAAAAACAGUAGUAAUAUUAGUGAUAGAUUAUUAUAUAUAGUUUGGAAUAAUAUAUUUUUAAGAAAUGAAAUUCAUAAACAUAUUUUAAAGUUUAUUGAACAUAGUUUUGUAGAUCUUGAUAUAUCAUGCUAUAACCAGUUUAAAGAUAAAUCAUAUAUAACAACACUUAGCUGGUAUGGUGACCUACUACCAGAUAAAAAUGAAUUUCCACCAUUUUUGACAAACUUAUAUUUGUGCAGUAUUUAUAAAAAUUUAACCCCAACAACAUUACCAAAUACAAUUACUACACUCACAUUCGGUUAUAAUUUUAACCAAGUAAUUCCACCGGGUGCAUUACCAAAUAGUCUCACAACACUCACAUUCGGUUGUAGUUUUAACCAAGUAAUUCCACCCGGUACAUUACCAAAUAGUCUUACAACACUCACUUUCGGUUCUUGUUUUAACCAAGUAAUUCCACCCGGUACAUUACCAAAUAGUCUUACAACAAUCGUUUUCGGUUAUUGUUUUGACCAAGUAGUUCCACCCGGCACAUUACCAAAUAGUCUUACAACACUCACAUUUGGAACUAAUUUUAAGCAAGUAAUUCCACCCGGCACAUUACCAAAUAGUCUCACAACACUCACAUUUGGAACUAAAUUUAACCAAGUACCUCUACCCGGCACAUUACCAAAUAGUCUUACAACACUCACAUUCGGUCCUACACUUAAAAAAUUCUUUCCACCCUGUUCAUUACCAAAUAGUGAUACCAACAAAGUUUUAACAUAA